UUAUUUCUCUAAGUGAUUUGACAUAUUUUCACCUGGCAGACAAUAAAGUGGGCAUUAAGUUCGGUUCACACUGGCUGACAUAGUGAACUGGCACUAACACUGAAGGAAGGAUUGAGCUACUGUAUAUCUAGGGGCCAGAAUGUCCCUUUUCUCUUGGGCUAGUAUGAAACCUAAAUGCUAAAACACUGAAUAGCAACACCCUUGAGCAUUAAAGAGGCACAGUUUUCACAAGCAAGCACCACUUGCAUUUUUUCAUUAACCUAUCUCGUUCUGUUUAUUUCCUUGAACUGAUGUUGAUAGUAGAGGACUGAGCACGUUAAUUGCAUUGUCUAUCCCUUAACAUUGUGGCUAAUCAUAGUCCAAAGCCUCUUAACUAAAAUACGGCGUAAGUUCCUUUCCGUGAGCAGUAUCCACGAAUUAGCAUACAAAGACACUUACUUAAGAGAAAAUCCCUUUUGAGGUUUUUAAUUCUUACAGAGCAAUUACAUGAGUGGAACAGGGAAGACUCCAACUUGAGGCUCCAAAGCCUCAUUCAUUUUGACUCAUCAUCAUAUCAGAGCUUCACUCUGCACUGCCUGUAUCUUCUUAUUUCUUAUUCAUUGUUACCUGCAGCGUCACAUAGUUGACCCUUCACCUUGCCACAGCCAUGUGCGACAUGGGUGGACUGGACAACCUGGUGGCCAACACAGCCUACCUGAAAGCACAGAGUCUAGAUGACAAGGAGAUAAGGAAACGAAGGCGUAGCCUAAUUCUUCCCCAACUUGAGAAUUGUACAGAUGUGCGUGCAACUAUUCCCAAGGACUUUGAAGACAUCUGUGAGCAGCAGCCCAUUGGGAAAACAUGCUUCCAACAGUUCCUUUUAGCCUCCAGUCCAGAAUACCGAGCCGCUGCAGAGUUUCUGGAUGAGUUGAAUGACUGGAAUUUAGCAGAGGCUGGUGCUAAAGACAAAGCCAGGCAGAAUAUCAUUAACAAAUUCUGCAAAGCUGACUCCAAGAGUUUCAUGGCUUAUCUGACAGAGGACAUGGCGGAAAAGUGUAAAGUUGUCUCUGAGAAGGACUUUGAGGAGGUGAUGAUGGGACAGGUUAAAGAAGCCACACAGGAGUUUCUAAGAGGAAAACCUUUCAUUGAGUAUCAGACCAGCCCGUUCUUUGAUAGAUUUGUGCAAUGGAAGCAAUUCGAGAAGCAGUCCAUCUCUGAUAAAUAUUUUUAUGAGUUUAGAACUUUGGGGAAGGGAGGAUUUGGAGAGGUAUGUGCUGUUCAGGUCAAACACACGGGCCACAUGUAUGCCUGCAAAAAGCUAGACAAGAAGCGUCUGAAGAAAAAAGGAGGUGAAAAGAUGGCUCUGCUGGAGAAAAAAAUCUUGGAGGAGGUGAACAGCCUGUUUCUGGUAAACCUGGCCUACGCGUUUGACACAACAACCCAUCUGUGUCUGGUCAUGACUCUGAUGAAUGGAGGGGAUCUGAAGUACCACAUCUACCACACUGGGGAGAUUGGCAUUGAGAUGGAGCGCAUCAUUCACUACACAGCUCAAAUCAUCACCGGUAUCCUGCACCUUCAUGCCAUGGAUAUUGUCUACCGGGACAUGAAGCCAGAGAACGUCCUACUGGACAGUCAAGGCCAGUGCAGGUUGUCAGACUUGGGUCUAGCUGUGGAACUACCAAACGGGAAAAGCAUCACUCAAAAGGCUGGCACUAAAGGGUACAUGGCGCCAGAGAUCCUGAAGCAGGAACCGUAUCGUACGUCAGUGGACUGGUGGGCCUUGGGCUGUAGCAUCUAUGAGAUGGUGGCCGGCCGUCUGCCUUUUAGAGGUUACAAAGAGAAGUUUAUUAAAGAAGAGAUAGUAAGGAGAACUCUAGAAGACGAGUGUAAAUUUGAGCACAAAAAUUUUGAUGCUCUCUCAAAGGACAUAAUUGGUCUUUUUCUGAAAAAGAACAUUGAAGACCGCCUUGGCUGCAAGGAUGACCCUCGGAAACAUGAGUUCUUCAAAUCCAUCAACAUCCCUCGACUAGAGGCGGGCCUUAUUGCACCUCCAUGGUUGCCCAAACCCAAUGUUGUGUACGCUAAAGACACAGGCGACAUUCGGGACUUCUCUGAGGUUAAGGGGGUUGAAUUUGAUGCCAGUGAUGAGAUGUUUUUUAAAGAAUUCAGCACUGGGGCAGUGCCAAUUUCAUGGCAACAGGAGAUGAUUGACAGCAGACUCUUUGAUGAGCUUAACAACCCAAACAGGAAGAAAGCUGGACUGGAUGAUGAUUAUGAGCAAAAAUCCAAAUCUUGCACUCUUCUGUGAUAGAACAAGAACAUCUUGCACAACAAAACAAUUGUUUUUUUUUAUUUAUUUAUUUAUUAUUUAUUGCUUAUUUACAUAUUAUUUUGUCAUUUUCUUUAGAAAGGAUCUUAUAGUGACUGUACUUUG